AGGCGUAGGCUGAGGAGGAAGAGGGAGGAGGGGCAGGGAAGUCCUGGCGGAGAAGAGGCCCAAGACGCCAAAGGAGACAACAGGAGGGUGCGCUGGAGCUCCCCCGCCUCCCAACGGCCGUUCCGGAUCCCUUACGGCGCAAGUCAGGCAGAGACGGAGGAAAGGAGGAAGAGACUUUUAUGUCGGCAGACAGAGAAGCUCUACCCGUCACCGUUGCCUCACAUCCGGGGCUUUGGAGGGCUGGCCCCGCGGCCCCGCCCCCCCCCUAGCCUUUCAUGGCGACCGGAGGCGGAGGCUGGAAGAGACAGGCCUGGAGGAGGCCCCUUUAAAUCUCCUUAAAGGGGUGGCCGCUGAACUCGGCAGACUACAUCGGCAACCUUAAAGGGGAAGCCAUCGAACAGAAGCUGACAAACUGAGAACUGUGCUGUUGGGCGAGCUGGAGCGAGUGGGGAUUCUCUCCUCCUCUUCUCCCCCACGCAAGAAGUUCUUUAAACUCAGCUUAAAGGGGAAGUGGCCGCUUGUGGAGGACCAGAAACUUAACUCCUGAGCCCUUAAAGGGGGCGGCCUGCUGUUUGGAGGACCCUGGACUCCUUAAAGGGGUGGCCUCUUUUAGCCGGAGGACUUGAGACACUUUUAAAGGGGAGGUCUGCGUUUCGGGGCGAGCUUUCGGUCCCUUUUAAAGGGGUGGCCCUUCCUCUUCCUCGGGGAGACUUGUCUCGACCCCUGGCAGGGGGCGGCCACCGCACUAGGCCGGCUGGACACCAUCGGGUCGUCUUAAAGGGGUCAGGGGCUGGACUACUUGAGGCCUCGCCUUAAAGGGACGGCCGCCCCGUUUUCGCCGUCUCGGCUCCGCCGGCCCCACAGGGGGGGCCCUCGGGCUUGUCGCCCCGGGGGCGGCGCCGGCUCCCCGGGCCUUGGCCUUGGGGCCAGCUCGGGGCCAGCAGAUCCUGCUUUAAAGGGGAAGCCGUGGCCUUUCCGUCCCUGUGUAGCCGCCAGCGCCGCGCCUGCGACCCCGGGCCUGCGGACAGGCCGCUUCGGGCCCCGCCGCCUCCGGAUGCGGCGCUGAGGGCGGUCGCCAUGGAGACGGCAGCGGCCGCGGCUCCGGGCCCCGGCUGGGCCGCGGAGGGGGAGCGGCGGCGGCGGCGCUGCUCGCGCCGAGACCGAGACCGGGAGCAGCGGCGCCGCCGAGGUCCCGGCGGCGACGCGCCCCGGGCCCUGUUGGCCGCCCCGCGCGGCUCCUCGUCCUCCUCGUCGCCGCCACCGCCCGCCAGGCCUUGGUCGUCAGCUUCGUCCGGAGAGCGGCCCGGAGGCCCGAGACGACGGCGGCCCCGUCCCAGGCCUCGGCCCCCGCGACCCCGAGCUCGGAAGCGGCCUGCCGGCUCGGGCAGCCGCGGGGAGGAAGAGGAGGAGGAGGAGGAGGGGGGCGCAGACGACGGGGAGGCCGAGGAGGAGCCUGAGGAAGAGGAAGAAGAGGAGGAGGACUUGAUCGAUGGCUUCGCCAUCGCCAGCUUCGCCAGCCUUGAGGCCUUGCAGAAGGAUGCAUCGCUUCAGCCCCCAGAGCGACUGGAACAUCGGCUGAAGCAUUCUGGGAAGCGGAAGAGGGGGGGUUCCAGUGGGGCCACUGGGGAGCCAGGGGACAGCUCUGAUCGGGAGCCUGGACGGCCCUCUGGGGACCGGGCCCGAAAAUGGCCCAAUAAGCGGAGAAGGAAAGAGGCGUCCUCCCGUCAUUCUCUGGAAGCUGGAUACAUAUGUGAUGCAGAAAGCGAUCUGGACGAGAGGGUCUCCGAUGAUGACCUCGACCCAUCCUUUACUGUCUCAACCAGCAAAGCCUCGGGCCCCCACGGCGCCUUCAAUGGGAACUGUGAAGCAAAACUCUCCGUAGUCCCUAAAGUGUCGGGCCUGGAGCGGAGCCAGGAACAGCCCCCAGGGCCCGACCCGCUGCUAGUGCCUUUCCCCCCGAAGGAACCACCGCCUCCACCGGCCCCUCGGCCUCCUGUCUCACCCCCUGCGCCCUUGCCGGCCGCCCCCAGUCUGCCACCCCCACCCCAGCCCCAGCUGCAGCUUCGGGUCUCGCCCUUCGGCCUCCGCACUUCUCCCUAUGGCAGCAGCCUGGACCUCAGCACUGGCAGCUCUUCACGGCCGCCCCCCAAGGCCCCGGCCCCUCCCGUGGCUCAGCCUCCCCCCUCAUCAUCCUCUUCGUCCUCUUCCUCCUCAUCUGCCUCCUCCUCGUCCGCGCAGCUCACCCACCGGCCCCCGACGCCCUCACUGCCCCUGCCUUUGUCCACCCACAGCUUUCCCCCCCCCGGGCUGCGGCCCCCCCCACCCCCCCACCACCCCUCCUUGUUCUCCCCUGGCCCCACCCUGCCCCCACCCCCACCCCUGCUGCAGGUGCCAGGGCACCCUGGGGCCUCAGCCGCUAACGCCCUUUCUGAGCAGGACCUGAUCGGCCAGGACCUGAACUCUCGCUACCUGAAUGCCCAGGGUGGCCCCGAGGUGGUGGGGGCAGGGGGCUCGGCCCGGCCCCUGGCCUUCCAGUUCCACCAGCACAACCACCAGCACCAGCACACCCACCAGCACACCCACCAGCACUUCACCCCUUAUCCCCCGGGCCUGCUGCCACCCCACGGCCCCCACAUGUUUGAGAAAUACCCAGGGAAGAUGGAAGGCCUUUUCCGGCACAAUCCGUACGCGGCCUUCCCUCCCGCAGUGCCCGGCCUCCCUCCGGGCCUUCCGCCGGCUGUCUCCUUUGGCUCCCUGCAGGGGGCCUUCCAGCCCAAGAGCACGAACCCCGAGCUGCCACCACGACUGGGGCCAGUGCCGAGCGGGCUUCCCCAGAAGGGGACACAGAUCCCCGACCAUUUCCGGCCACCUUUGAGGAAGCCAGGGAAGUGGUGUGCCAUGCACGUGCGCGUGGCUUACAUGAUCCUGAGACACCAGGAAAAGAUGAAGGGCGACUCCCACAAGCUUGACUUUCGGAACGACCUCCUGCCCUGCCUUCCGGGGCCCUAUGGGGCCCUGCCCCCUGGGCAGGAGCUCCCCCACCCGGCCGCCUCCCUCUUCACUGCGACUGGUGCCGUCCACGCUGCAGCCAACCCUUUCACGGCAGCUCCCGGGGCCCACGGACCCUUUCUGAGCCCCAGCACCCACAUUGAUCCCUUUGGGCGUCCCACAAGCUUCGCCUCCUUGGCUGCCCUCUCCAACGGGGCCUUUGGAGGCCUGGGCAGCCCGACAUUCAACUCCGGCGCCGUCUUUGCCCAGAAAGAAAGCCCAGGGGCCCCACCAGCCUUCGCCUCCCCGCCAGACCCGUGGGGCCGCCUGCACCGCAGUCCUCUGGCCUUUCCUGCCUGGGUCCGGCCCCCUGAGGCCGCCCGGACGCCAGGCUCAGACAAGGAGCGGCCUGUGGAGCGGAGGGAGCCCUCGCUCACCAAGGAGGAGAAAGACAGGGACCUCCCCUUCUCGCGGCCCCAGCUCCGCGUUUCUCCGGCCACUCCCAAGGCCCGGGCUGGCGAGGAAGGGGCCAGGCCGCCCAAGGAGUCCGUGCGGGUCAAGGAGGAGCGCAAGGAGGAGGCCGCCGCCCCCGCCGCCGCCGCCGCUGCCGCCGCCGCUGCUGCCGCUGCCGCUGCCGCCGCCGCCACCACCGGGCCUCAGGGCCUUCACCUGCUGUUUGAGAGGCCCCGGCCACCCCCCUUUCUGGGCCCUAGCCCCCCGGAGCGCUGCGCCGGCUUCCUGGAGCCGACCUGGUUGGCAGGGCCCCCUCGCCUGGCCAGGCCACCGCGCUUCUAUGAGGCUGGUGAGGAGCUGACCGGCCCCGGGGCUGUGGCCGCCGCCCGCCUGUACGGUCUGGAGCCCGCCCACCCCCUGCUCUACAGCCGCCUGGCGCCACCACCGCCCCCCGCUGCAGCCCCGGGGACCCCUCACCUUCUCAGCAAGACCCCCCCGGGAGCCCUUCUGGGGGCACCGCCUCCGCUGGUGCCCGCGCCCCGGCCCAGUUCCCCACCAAGGGCCCCUGGCCCCGCCCGGGCUGACAGGUGAGGGGAGGGGAGGGGCGGGGGCA